CGUCUAAUCAAUAGAUCAGCUAAUUUAGAUUUCAAGGUCAUCAUGGGCGAAAGCUUGCCUGUUCUGUUUGGACAAAUUUUGGCGAAGUAUUCAGAUGUUUCACUCUGUAGUGGAUCGCAUACGGAGACGAAAUUCAAGGAAUCAAUUGAGAUUGCCUGUCAACUGUGUGAAAAGGCGAUGGAGAUGGUAAAUGAGUUGCGUUUGUUCAGUAGCAAUGAAAGCCUCGAUGAUUUAAGUGCUACAGAAAUAAGGUACUUGUGUCUUCCUGCUCUGCUAGCAUAUUUCAAUACUCAUAAAAGUGAGAAUCGGGGAUGUUGUCUUCGUUUGGCUUUGUCCCUUUACAAGGACUUCUCAAAUAUGUGCACAGAAUACAGCGUUCCGUUUCCAGAGGAACUGUGCCUGAAAGAUAAUCAAAAUGGCGAUAAUUGUUCAAUGACACAACUUGCACGCAAACGAGAAAUCAAAAUCAAACGUUAUAAACUUAAAAAAUCGUUGGAAGAACGUUUGGAAAAACUUGUGACUUAUGUGGAUCAACCCCACGUAGAUGAAGAAACGAAGCGUGAGUUUAAUUUAACUCUUGUUCAAAAGUGGUUAUGUAUUGCUCAAGAUGAAAUGAUUAGUUUACAGAGUGAAUUAGAUCUACUUUCAAAAGGUGAUAAAGAUGAUGAUGAUAAUGAAGAAACCAGCAAAAGCAGUGGAACUAGAAAACCUUUUCGACCGUUUAUUUUAACUCGUUCAGCUGUACAAGCAGCUGUAUUCGGUGCAGGUUAUCCAAGUCUACCGACAAUGACGAUUGAAGAGUUUUAUGAACAACAAGUAGCAGCAGGUCUAUUGCCUCCUCCAAAGCCUAUUCCACAAAACACUUCAACAGGUCCAAGUGUACGUCGAAUUGAUCCGUCAACAGAAGAACGUGAAGCUAAUGAAAAGAAAAAGGAGAGACAAGAUCAACUGGAAGAUACUGAUGAUGCAGAGGCAUUGUCUAAAGCUAGAGCAUUCGAUGACUUUAAAGAUGAACAUCGUAGAGGUAGUGGGAAUAGAAUGAACAGAUCUUGAAGGGAAACUUGAGAAACUUUAUUUACUUGUACACUACACUUGAAUGAUGAGACGAUAUUCUCACUAAUAUUAUGAUCAUUUUUACUAAUUAUAUUUUGUACAUAAAAUGUGCUAAAUAUAAAUUUUAAAGUAUGCCCAUUUAGUUUUUUCUUAUCAGAGAGAGAUGUGUGUUGGUAUUCUUUUGGAUAGAAAAUCUUUAAAAACCAUUUUAUUUUCAAGUAUUCGUUUUUGUGGGGAUUUUGUUUGAUUGGUUGGAGG